UAAUUGUUGAAUCUCUAAUCCCAAAUGUGACGUUAAGUUGUUUGUUUGUGUGCGUCUCUACAGGCUACAGAUAGUAAAUCACGGCACUGUGAAAUUGGAAUUCUCCUGGCAAGUCAUCAUGGAUCAGAAUAACAACAUUUUAAACCAUGAACAAAGAGAUGGGACCCCGAGCCCCCGACCAGGCAGCAGGUCAGCCAUGUUAAGUGAAGCCCGUCCCUCCAGUGCUCUGGCCAGCGUCAUGUCUCUCCUGACGGGGAAUCCUGAGCUUCCUCCCGUCAGCGUCGAGCCCGGCAUCGGGGCCAUAGAGCCCGGGGAGAUACAGAGUUUCAGCAUCCGCUUCUCACCUCUGGAGGUGGCCCAGUUUCAGGGCAGGAUUAUCUGCAGUAUCCCAAACCUACAGGAUGGAGAUGAGGCUCCCUGUAUCCCGGUGUGUGCCCGCAGCCUGUUGCCUCACUGCCACUUUGACCUGGAGGACUCAGACUAUAUCAGCGAGAAACGACAGAACCCUGAAUUCAGGGGACCUCUGGACCCCAACAUCAGGGUCAUCGAGUUCAACUCUGUUGGUUUCUCUGUGCCAUCGAAGAGAUGUUUUGGUGUGAUGAACCCAACCAGUAAGCCCUACUCAUUCAAGUGGCGGUGUGAAGACAAAGGUGGCAGUCCGUUCUGCUGCCUCACCCCGAGUGGUACCAUCUUGCCUGGGAAGAAAGUGGAAGUAAGUAUGGCAACACGCACAGUGAAAUGACAUGGGCCUGUGUCACCAUAGCGCGUUUCUUUGGAUAAGAGGCACUGGGCAGAGUCUCCAGAGCCCUUUUUAUAUUGUUUCUAUGUCAAUAAUAUCUAAACAGUGUUUCCCUGCUAGCACAACUAGCAUCACCUUCUUGGAUUUUACUUUCUGUUAGUGCUACUAUAUAUUGUUACCGAUUGAAACAUUAUUUUUAUGAACCAGCUUGUCAACUCUCUGACAGCAACAAUCAUUGGCAGCAACAUCCAGGGAUCCUCUGGCCAAUCUUUAAAAGAAAUAGGAUUGUUGGUCUUUGUUUUGGUCCAAUAUAUCUUAGUUCCAGCGUUGUUGAAAGUGGAAGACAGAGUGGAAGACAUUGCUUAAUAAUUCAG